GUGCACGAACAUAGCUUGCUUAUAAACUGUCCAAUUCCUAGGAGUGAUUAUUCAGUUCGCAUUCACAGGCAAACCUGAUAACUCACGUCCCAUCUAGGCCCUCAACCUCUCCCAAGUUCCAAAACCAACCUUUGAGCAAUCAAAGCCAAUAUGCUUGUAACAUGCCUUAUGGUCUCAUUGGUGGUAUUCAGCCAUGGAAAAAUGGUCAACUCCCAGGCCAUUUUUGGUUCGCAAAGGGUCUCAGUCGAAGGAAGAAAUACUGAUUUGGAAAUGGACGAGUCCUCCGGAAUGGACGGAACGAUUUUAGAAGUGCCAGAAUGUACAGGAGCUACUCGACUUCUCCGCGUUCCCCUUCCGAGCCUGAGUGGAUGUUACAUUUUCCAGACGCCUGGUUUUGGCAACAUCGGAUACCCGAAUGUAACAACAAAAUCUGCUUCCCUAUACUAUUGCGUGUAUAGAUUUCAGUUUGAGUCGAAGGUAGAUGGAAUGGUGACCGUCAAAAGUGAAGGGUUUGAGCUCCAAGAACCAAAUAAGGAUGAAAACUGCUUGGAUGGUGUAACAAUUUAUCCCGUAGACGAUGAACAAGAACAAAGCGACGGACCUGACCCAGACGAUCGAGAUCCAAGAGGACAUACCUUGAAAUAUUGCGGCAUGAUUAGUGGAGACAAGACCCGUGAUUUCUCUACCUAUGAACUCGUAAUUAGCUUAUUCGCCGACAGAACAGUGAACGGCAACGGUGCCGAGUUUCAUAUUUGCAUUAAUUGAAUGAGUUGGCGAAGCGAAUUCGUGAACCAGACAAGUGAAGACACUUUACAAUAAACUUCAUUUCUGGACGAUAA